GGUUACGGUUGGCGCGGCGGUGGCGCAGGUGAGGAGUCGGCGGCCGAGCGUCGAGUCCCAGACCCGGGUCUCAGCCCCGCCGCCUGGCGCCCCCGCUCCCCCGGCGCGACCCCGACGCCAACCCCGUGUGGGUCGGGCGCGACCGCAGCGGCGGGAGGAUGGCGCAAAAGAAAUAUCUCCAAGCAAAAUUGACCCAGUUUUUAAGGGAAGACAGAAUUCAACUCUGGAAACCUCCAUAUACAGAUGAAAAUAAAAAAGUUGGUUUGGCAUUGAAGGACCUUGCUAAGAAGUACUCUGACAAGCUAGAAUGUUGUGAAAAUGAAGUAGAAAAGAUAAUAGAAGAAAUACGUUGCAAAGCAGUGGAGCGUGGCACAGGCAAUGAGCACUAUAAAGCAACAGGAAUUGCUACAAUCGAAGUCUUCUUACCUCCACGGGUAAAAAAAGAUAGGAAAAACUUGUUGGAGACCCGACUGCAUGUCACUGGCAGAGAACUGAGGUCUAAGAUAGCUGAAACCUUUGGAUUUCAAGAAAAUUAUAUCAAAAUUGUCAUAAAUAAGAAACAACUUCAACUAGGGAAAACACUUGAGGAACAGGGAGUGACCCACAAUGUAAAAGCUAUGGUGCUCGAACUAAAACAGUCUGAAGAGGAUGUGAGGAAAAACUCCCAGGUUGAAGAAGAAGAGCAGAAUGAAGCCAGACUAAAAGAAAAAAGAAUUCAGAGGACUAAGAGAGGCCUGGAGAUACUGGCAGAGAGAGCUGAGAUGGUGGUGGAUCCAGAAACCACACCAUACUUAGACAUAGCUAACCAGACGGGCAGAUCAAUCAGAAUCCCUCCAUCAGAAAGAAAAGCCCUUAUGUUAGCUAUGGGAUAUCAUGAGAAAGGCAGAGCUUUCCUGAAAAGAAAAGAAUAUGGAAUAGCCUUGCCGUGUCUGUUGGACGCUGACAGAUAUUUCUGCGAGUGCUGCAGAGAACUGCUGGACACUGUGGACAACUAUGCAGUACUCCAGCUGGACAUAGCAUGGUGCUACUUCCGCUUGGGACAGCUGGAAUGCCUGGACGAUGCAGAGAAGAAAUUAAACAUGGCCCAGAGAUGCUUUAAAAAUUGUUAUGGAGAAAAUCAUCAGAGACUGGUCCACAUAAAAGGAAAUUGUGGAAAAGAGAAAGUCUUGUUUUUAAGACUUUACUUGCUUCAAGGUAUCCGAAAUUAUCACAGUGGAAAUGGUGAAGAGGCUUAUGACUAUCUCAACAAGGCAUGUCAGCUCUUUAAAGAGCUAUAUAUUGAUCCAUCUAAAGUUCACAGUUUGAUGCAGCUGGGAUUUAGUGCCCAGGAAGCUCGGCUUGGCCUAAGGGCAUGUGACGGGAACGUGGACCACGCAGCUGCCCACAUCACCAACCGCAGAGAGAAAUUGGACCAAAUAAGGAAGGAGGAAAAAGAGAAGAAAAGACGCCGCCUGGAGAACAUAAACUAUUUGAAAGGAAUGGGCUACUCCGCUCGUGCAGCCAAGCAGGCGCUCCACCAGGCCAGCGGGAACCUGGAGGAGUCCCUGCAGAUUCUGCUCAGUCAGCCUCAGAUGUGGUGGUUAAACGAUUCUGGUCCGGAAACCAACAGCCAUCAGGAGAGUCCUUCUCGGGAAACCAUUGACCAACUGGUGUACAUGGGCUUCGACGCGGCAGCGGCUGAGGCUGCCCUGAGGGUGUUCCGGGGAAACGUCCAGCUGGCAGCUCAGACCCUCGCUCACAACGGUGGAAGUCUUCCUUCUGACCUGCGGCUCUCGGCGGAAGAUUCUUCAGCAACGCCACCCACAUCCCCGUCUGAUUCUGCAGGGACCUCUAGCGCCUCAACAGAUGAAGAUAUGGAGACAGAGGCUGUGAAUGAAAUCCUGGAAGAUAUUCCAGAACAUGAAGAAGAUUACCUUGACUCAACUCUGGAAGACGAAGAAAUUAUUAUUGCAGAGUACUUAUCCUAUGUAGAAAGUAUAAAGACAGCAACAAAGAGAAACUAAGUGAUGAACAGAAGUGAGCACUAAGUUUCUGCUCAUAAAUUCUAUCAUUAUGAAGAGUGUAAUGCAGGUCUUUUUUUUUUCUUACGCUUUAUCUGAUUUUGCUCCAGAGUGCUUCCUACCUGGGGGCGGGAGGGGUAGGCGGGGAACAGGGAUGUAAAGAGUAAGAGACUUGGUGGGGUCCGGUGGGGGGGGGCAGGUGCCGGUCCCCAGGGUCCGUCUUGGGAACUGAGCUGCCUCUGGCCAGAUCUUGCAGUUCCCAGCUGCCUUCAGGUUCUGCAACCCUAAUGCCAGCCUCCCUGCUCUGUUUUUUCCCCACCCAGAAAUGGGAAGGACUGGGAUAGGGUGGCUGCUAGGGAAGGGAUCCAGGAGGAGCUCAUGGGAGCGAAAGCGGGCCCUGUCUCCUCCUCUUCAUCCUGCCCUGCUCUCCUGCCCUCCUGAGCCCACUGCUCGAUCGUCUCCUCCUUCCCGUGAUGCAGCUCUGCCUUUCUGCUUUCAGCCUCUCUGCCCUGUCCCGAAAACGUCCUUUAGAUCCUCAACCACUGCAGGUGCUCUGGGGGGCCUGAUGAUGAGGCAUCGGCUCCCACAGCCACACCGAACGGUGGCAGACGCCCUCAGCCUGAAACGUCUGUGUUUUGUGCUUAGCUUAGUAAAGUAGGCACUUGAAAUUCCAGGCUGAAAUUCAGAAUAUAUAUGUAUUCAAAGUUCUUCUUUACAAAAAUAAAAUCUUUUAUUAAAUGGUAAAGUCUUAAAUGCUAACCAAAGCAACUUAUUUUUAAUUAGCAUUUUUAGAUGCAUUUCUGUCCUAUUAAAUUCACUGCUGGCUAAGGUAAGAUACCUGUCAGAAAUUAAGGUAUAUUUUCUCCAAGUCUUUGUAGGGUUUCUUGGGUAUAUUACGGAAGACUGUUUGUAAAGGUAUGUUGUUAGCCUCUUAACAGCUCAAAUAACCGUUCUCAUUGCACCCUGCAUCCCUCCAUAAACGUGUAUUACAUGAAAAGCCUGUCCAGCACCAGGACGCAGCCAGCAGCAGCCGGUUGCUGGAUGAAUCAAGUGUCAGGUGUGUUCCCAAGGCUCUCCCUGCCUCCGGGAGUCACCGGAAGCCCCUGUGACAGGGCAGGUGGGCCACGUGGUUGCCGUCAGGGGGCUGGCCGAAAUGCUCCAGCUUUUUCAGGAAUCAUUUUCAACAAAGCUUGGAGAGCAGUCCAGUUUGAAUGGGUGGAAAUCUUUUCUUGUCAUUCUUUUAAAAUGGAUGAUACAGAUGGAAAUAAAAGGUGGAAAAUAUAUUCAAAAA